CUGGGCAUGUGCGGGUGGCACCAGGCCAUAGAUCGCGGGGAGGGAGUGGAGUCGUCAUGGCGGAUGUGGCAGCCGCUCUGACCUGUGCGCUGGCCCUCCUCACAGUGUUUUCAGCUGCCCAGGCACGAAAAGGGUUCUGGGACUACUUCAGCCAGAGCAGUGGGGACAAAGGCACAGUGGAGCUGACUCAGCAGCAGAAGCUGGCCCAGGAGUCCCUCAACCUGAAGGACAGCCUGGAGCAAGACCUCAACACUGUGGACACGUUGCUGGAAAAGUUGGGUCCUCUGGGUGGGCAGGGCAGGGAGUCUCCGGGGCUCCCCCACGACCCGGUGGCCGUCAGGCAGCAGCUGCAGGAGGAGCUGGAGGAGGUGAGGACGCGCCUGGAGCCCUACAUGGCCGAGGCGCACGAGCGCGUGGGCUGGCACCUGGAGGGCCUGCGGCGGCAGCUGCUGCCUUACACCGUGGAGCUGAUGGAGCAGGUGGCCCUGCGCGUCCAGGAGCUGCAGGAGCAGCUGCGCCUGCUGGGAGCCGACGCCCAGGCCCGGCUGUGGGAGCUGCCCGGCCGCGUGGUGCAGCACACGAGCCGCGUGCAGGAGCUCGUGCACCCCUACGCCGAGCGCCUGGUGAGCGGCAUCGGGCGCCACGUGCAGGAGCUGCAGCGCAGCGUGGCCCCGCACGCCGCCCACGCCAGCCCCGCACGCCUCGGCCGCUGCGUGCAGGCGCUGUCCCGCAAGCUCACGCGCGAGGCCCAGGCGCUGCACGCGCGCAUCCGGCACAACCUGGAGCAGCUGCGCCACGAGCUGGGCGCCUUCGCCCGCGCCGACGCCGGCCGCGACCCGCAGGAGCUGUCUGCCGAGGUGGGCCGGCAGCUGCAGGCCUUCCGCCACGACACCUUCCUGCAGAUCGCCGCCUUCACCCGCGCCCUGGACCAGGAGACCGCGCAGGUGCAGCAGCAGCUGGCGCCGCCCCCGCCGGGCCACCGGGCCUUCGUCCCCGACUUCCCCGCCGGGGACAGCGACGAGGCACGGAGAGAGCUGCAGGCGCGUCUGGAUGACCUGUGGGAGGACAUCAGCUACGGCCUGGAGGACCGGCUCCACCCACCGGGGCAGCCCUGAGGGGUCCCUAGCCCAGGCUCACUUCCCAGCUCCUUGGGUGGGGUCUGUGUGUGUGUGUGGGUGGGUGGGUGGGUGGAGGGUGGCACCCAGGACCUGGGCCCCUAGCUCAGCCCUUGAUGGUGGCUCGCUGGGCAGAGGGUGAAGGGGCCCUGCGCAGCAGAGAGAGGCCACCGCAGGGGCUGUUGUCCCGGGCAGCGCCAGCCUCCUGCCCCUGCCCACAUCCAGACGCAAUACACGCCGCAGGCCUCUGCAAACCUCCUGGGCUCAUUUGGGACCGCUCAGGAGGAGCCCCGCCCCGCCUCUGGGGCGCUGUGGGGUGGCGGGAAUGAGAGGGAGACAAGCACCCUCCUUGGGAGUCCUGUAUGUACCUGCCCCGUUGCCAUGGUGCCGUAACAGGGCCUCUGCAUGGCAUGAGGCUGGCAGCCCAGUCUCUUGUGGCCACCUGGUGGCGGCUGCAAGCAGUCAGCUGACCCUCCAAGACAGCUCUGGUCUCCCCAGCUCUGCCUGGCUGGAGGAGUAAGAGGGAGAAAGAAGGAAAAUACUACCAGGAAAGCAUGUGAUGUGAUGUGAUGU